CCAAACAUCCGGGUUUCUCCCCUUCGCGUUCCGGCUGGCGGUCCGUCUCCCUUACUCCGGCGGCGUCCCUCGCCCAGGCCCGCGUCGCCCAUUCUUCCUUCUGCCCGCGAGGCUGGCACCGGCUUCGGCGACGGGAGCCCUUGAGGGACAUGGCAGCCUCAGCCGCGCCGGCCGGCGGCGCUCGAACCGGAGCUGGCCCGGAAUGGUCAGGGUUCGAGGAAAACAUCCAGGGUGGGGGCUCCGCUGUGAUUGACAUGGAGAACAUGGAUGACACAUCAGGCUCCAGCUUCGAGGAUAUGGGGGAGCUGCACCAGCGCCUGCGUGAGGAAGAAGUAGAUGCUGAUGGCGCUGCUGAAGAGGAGGAGGAUGGGGAGUUCCUGGGCAUGAAAGGCUUUAAGGGACAGCUGAGCCGGCAGGUGGCUGAUCAGAUGUGGCAGGCAGGGAAGAGACAAGCCUCCAGGGCCUUCAGUUUGUAUGCCAACAUCGACAUCCUGAGACCCUACUUUGAUGUGGAGCCUGCCCAGGUGCGAAGCAGGCUUCUGGAGUCCAUGAUCCCAAUCAAGAUGGUCAGCUUCCCCCAGAAAAUCGCAGGUGAACUCUAUGGGCCUCUCAUGCUGGUCUUCACGCUGGUUGCCAUCCUUCUGCACGGGAUGAAGACAUCUGACACCAUUAUCCGGGAAGGCACCCUGAUGGGCACAGCUAUUGGCACCUGCUUUGGCUACUGGCUAGGUGUGUCGUCCUUCAUUUACUUCCUUGCCUACCUGUGCAAUGCCCAGAUCACCAUGCUCCAGAUGUUGGCACUGCUGGGCUAUGGUCUCUUUGGGCACUGCAUUGUCCUGUUCAUCACCUAUAAUAUCCACCUCCAUGCCCUCUUCUACCUCUUUUGGCUGCUGGUGGGUGGGCUGUCCACCUUGCGCAUGGUGGCAGUGUUGGUGUCACGGACCGUGGGCCCCACCCAGCGGCUGCUCCUGUGUGGCACACUAGCUGCCCUGCACAUGCUCUUCCUGCUCUAUCUGCAUUUUGCCUACCACAAGGUGGUAGAGGGGAUCCUGGACACACUGGAGGGCCCCAACAUCCCACCCAUGCAGAGAGUCCCCAGGGAUGUCCCAGCCGUGCUCCCAGCUGCCAGGCUGCGGGCCACUCUGCUCAACGCCACAGCCAAGGCUGUCUCAGUGGCCUUGCGGUCACAUUGACCCCGCCUGAGACCCUGGGCCAGCUCUGUCCCCCUGCCGCAGAGUGGAGGAUUAAAGGACAGUACUGAGGACGUGUCUUGUUGAUGUGGUCUGUUGUGCCACUGAGCUGUAGCCACUUAAGAACCUCCUUGACACCACCAGCGCCUUCCAAGGGCACAGGGCCAGAAACUCCUGGCCAAGACUGCAAGACUUUGCAGCCAGUGCAGAAAGUGGGUCAGCUCCUCCGAGACCCCUCACCUCCUCCCCCUUCCUCCCUCUUCCUUCCCCUCCCCCCUUGUCUUGCUAAAUAUAGACUUGGUAAUUAAAAUAUUGAUUGAAGUCUG